ACUGUAAACCCAUCAUAGAACAACUGUCAAAUUCGUAUUUGUUUCAGAUAGCGAAUAAUCAGUGCGAGUGAUUGAAAAAUUGAAUCAAAAUUUAACGUGGUGCGAUGUUAUGAAAUUAUUGUUUACUUCUUAUGUUUACCACUGCUGCCUCGGCGUCUGAUAAUAAAUAAAUGCUGGCACUUUAUUCAACAAUUCCUCAACGAAUAUCGCACACUACAAGAGUGAAGUUGAGAAUUUAGAUAGAUUUGAUCAAUAAAAUUGUUAUUAAUUUUGAGAAUUUCGUAAACAAAAAACAUUAUAAAAACAUGAGCCGGAACGUGUUGAAGAGUAGCAUCCACAGUGCAUCGAUUAACAUAAUAUUUCAGAUUAUGUGCCGAUGCAUUACGUUUGUAAUAAAUUCAUUUGUUAUACGGAUUGUUGACCGAGAAGUGCUUGGCAUAAUGAACGUUCGGCUAUUGUUAUUGGAAAGUACACUAGCGUUUCUGUCGCGUGAGGCAAUUCGGCGAGCAACAUUAAGCUCAACCGCAAAUCCGCAUGAGAAACACAUAUGGCCGCAUAUCAUAAAUCAGCUGUGGCUGUCGUUGCCGAUUUACUGCGUUUUCUCUGUGCCAUGUUUAUAUAUCUGGUUUAAUCAAUCAAUAUUCGGAUCACCGAUAGCUGAUGCGCUCUAUGAUCAAUACAAAUUCGGAUGCAUAUGCAUCGUCAUCUCGGGCAUUGUCGAACUGUUGGCUGAGCCACAGGUGUUUGUUGCCCAAGUGUUUUGUUUUGUGAAGCUUCGUGUUUUACUCGACACACUGAACAUUUUCGUGCGAUCAACCCUGUUCAUUACACUAGUUCUUCGUGAUCCGAAUCAAGCGAUUUUCGCCUUUAGCAUUGCCCAAGUUUGUAGCACAGCUACAUUUGCUAUUGGCUAUUAUGUAUACUUUGUUUAUUACAUCGAUCGAUUGAAUAAGGUGAAAGGAGACAAAAAACGUGCCGCUGACAAAACGGACGAUGGACCAGACACAGAUGAGACGAAAUCCGUAUCCAACGAUUCCAUUCCAUUCAACAGUGUUAAACAAAUGUUACCGGGAUGUUUAGAGAACUCGGGUACGGUAUUCAAUGAGAAUCUACAAACAUUGGUGUUGAGCUUCUUCAAACAAGGUAUUCUUAAGCAAGUUUUAACCGAAGGCGAGAAAUAUGUGAUGACGAUCAGUCCAAUUCUAACAUUCGCUCAGCAAGCCACCUAUGAUAUCGUGAACAAUUUAGGAAGUUUGGCGGCACGAUUCGUGUUUCGGCCAAUCGAAGAAAAUAGCUAUUUCUAUUUCACACAAACCCUCUCAAGAGACAUUCCCCUGAAGCAACAGCCACGCGACAAAGUCGAACAGGCUAGCACCGUGCUGUACAAUCUAUUGAAAGUGGUUACAUCAAUUGGAUUGAUUGGAAUGGUGUUUGGGCAAAGUUUUUCGAAAACAGUACUCACUCUCUACGGUGGUUCCCGUUUUAUUGAAGACGAUGGCCUCUCUGUGACUCUUCUACAAUGGCAUGCUGUAGCUAUUGUUCUGUUAGCUAUCAAUGGCAUUUGUGAAGGGUAUAUGUUUGCUGCCAUGAGAAGCACCGAACUGGACAGAUAUAAUUAUUACAUGGGAUUUUUCUCCAUCACAUUUCUAUUUUUAUCAUAUCAAUUGACGAGCUUUCUCGGUCCAGUGGGUUUUAUUCUAGCCAAUUGUACCAAUAUGUUCUUACGAAUAAUAUUCAGUGGCAGAUACAUUCGGAAACAAUAUCAAUCGGUUGAUCUCAAACCAUUGGAUGGAAUAAUACCAAACAAACUUUUCGCAAUCACUUUGACCGUUUUAGGCAUCACAUGCAAAAUUUUAGAGAAUCGUCUAUUUCAUCAUUCGAUAUGGGCCCAUAUUUUCGUUGGUGCUAUUUGCUUUGCUUGUACAGCUGGUGUCUGGUCGUAUGAAAAUCAAACUUUAAUUCGAAGUUACAUACUAAAUCGACGAAAAAUCCAAUAAACUGCAUGCAGUCUUAAGUCAAACAACACCGCACCAAAAGAAUAGAUUAUGCAAUUGUAUAGAAUUUCUUAGAGAUUGUUCAUGCUUAAAACAAAUGAACAGAGAGGAAAUCUUAACUGCUGUAUAUAACAAUUUAUUUUCCGUAAAAUGAAAACUUAAUGAUUAUAAGGAUUGUACAAGAACAGGAUAUUUGUUUUUAAAUGUGAAAUAAACGUUGUAUUUAUCAAAAA